UGGAGUGGAGUUUGUCUGCCCCUAGCCCUCUGCAUCGCUGGUGUCUAUCAGGUGGUCAGGCAGUUGAAGGGACAUAUAUCGACUCACUCAGUUGAUACACUUGCUGAGCUGUUCACAAGCCCCUGUCAGAUCACUAUUGAAAAUAUAUACCACUAAGAACAAUGGGAAAAUUCUCCGGUCGCCGUGCAUUGGUGACAGGUGCUGGGAGCGGCAUCGGACGCGCCACUGCUUUGAAACUGGCUGAAAUGGGAGCUGAAGUAUUUGCUCUGAGUAAAACGCUCGCCAAUUUGGAAUCACUCAAGCAAGAGUGUCCCAGUAUCAACAUCAUCCCCGUAAACUUAGAAAACUGGACAGAAUCAAGAGAAGCAGUGAAGAAGAUUACACCCAUCCACCUCCUGGUCAAUAACGCCGCUUAUGCAGAGGUAGCACCUUUCCUGGAGGCUUCACCGGAGUGCUUUGACAAAACAUUUAACGUCAACGUCAAGGCCGUCAUGAAUAUAUCCCAAGUUGUGGCUGGGGACCUAGUGGCAAGACAGUUACGAGGGUCCAUAGUCAAUGUAUCUUCCCAGGCAGGACAUCGUGCUUUACAAGACCACACUGUGUACGGCUCUUCAAAAAGUUCUCUUGAAAUGUUGACCAGAUCAAUGGGUCUGGAGCUGGGACCAAAAGGCAUCCGGACUAACGCCGUGGCGCCAACGGUAGUCAAGACACCAAUGGCUCUGGUGGGAUGGUCGGACCCUGUCAAGGCGGCUGGAAUGAUAUCCAAGAUACCCCAGGGGAGGUUUGCUGAGGUGGAGGAAGUAGUGAACGCUAUCGUGUUUCUGUUAUCAGAUGAGAGUGACAUGGUGAAUGGGCACUCCUUACCAGUUGAUGGAGGAUAUUUGGCAGCAUAAAUCUUUCAUCUUGUUAUUCAGUACUGCCUAGCACAUCCAAUAAAACAAAUUUUUGUCAAAA